AACAGCAGCAUCGGGUCAUGGCGAGGUGUUUAUAGCUUCACCAAAUACGGAGGAAAACUCAUUGCGCUGUAGACCUAUGGUGCCUUUGUAGCGCCCAUGUACGCGAAGGUUUCAGCUGUAGUUUCGGGGGAGAACACUCGUCUGUCCGGGUUUUGUCGGCGGAAUUGGUGCCCUGAUCCAAGCGCGCCGAUUCAGACCAGCGGCUCCGCCAGAACCCGCAGGGGGCCGUGAGAGCACUGGUCCAGCCUGGGCUUCGUACGCAUCGCAGAGAAGAUGAAUAUCCAGGUCCUGCCGGAACACAAGCUCUCGUCGGUGGCCCCGCUGAAACAGUGCAAUGUGGAGAAAAAAGAGGUAGAACUGAUACUGGUGAAGGAUCAGAAUGGCGUCCAGUACACAAGUUCCUCCAUCAUUCCAACCCCCGGUAACCAUGCAGGUCUUCCCGGAUCCGAGGACGAGCGAGAAACUUGGGGCAAGAAAAUAGACUUUCUCCUGUCGGUGAUUGGCUUCGCCGUGGACCUGGCCAAUGUUUGGAGAUUCCCUUACUUGUGCUACAAGAACGGAGGGGGUGCCUUUUUGAUCCCCUACAUUCUGUUCCUGGUCAUUGCGGGGAUGCCAUUGUUCUAUAUGGAACUCGCCUUGGGACAGUACAAUAGGGAGGGGGCAGCUACAGUGUGGAAAAUAUGCCCCGUCUUUAAAGGUGUGGGCUACACUGUGAUCGUCAUAGCCCUGUACGUUGGCUUCUACUACAAUGUAAUCAUUGCCUGGUCCCUGUACUACCUGUUCUCCUCAAUGACCAAAGAGCUGCCUUGGCUCAAAUGUGGCAACAGCUGGAACAGUGAGAACUGCACCGACCCCAAAGCCAUCAACGGAUCAGUCCUUGGCAAUGGAACGUCUUACGCCAAGUACAAGAUAACCCCGGCAGCAGAGUUCUAUGAACGGGGUGUGCUACAUCUCUAUGAGAGUAAGGGUAUCCAGGACCUGGGACUACCACGCUGGGAGUUAUCCUUGUGCCUUGUCGUGGUGGUCUUCAUCCUCUACUUCAGCCUCUGGAAAGGUGUCAAGUCCUCAGGGAAGGUGGUGUACAUCACAGCUACCAUGCCCUAUGUGGUCCUUUUUGUUUUGCUGAUUAGAGGUGUUACUCUACCAGGGUCCAUGGAUGGCAUAAGGGCCUACUUACACAUUGAUUUCAAUCGGCUCAACAAUCUAGAGGUGUGGAUUGAUGCUGCAACACAGAUAUUCUACUCACUGGGAGCAGGUUUUGGUGUGCUCAUUGCAUUUGCCAGUUAUAACAAAUUUGACAACAACUGUUACAGGGAUGCUCUCUUGACCAGCACUGUGAACUGCGUCACCAGUUUUUUCUCAGGGUUUGCCAUCUUUUCUGUGCUCGGAUACAUGGCCUACAAACAUGGUGUCAAAAUAGAAGAUGUUGCAACAGAGGGGGCAGGUUUGGUGUUCAUCAUCUAUCCUGAGGCCAUUUCUACACUGCCUGGCUCAAGAUUUUGGGCCAUUGUGUUCUUCAUCAUGUUGCUGACUCUGGGCAUUGAUAGCUCGAUGGGAGGAAUGGAGGCAGUUAUCACAGGUCUGACGGAUGACUUUAAGAUCCUCAAAAGACACAGGAAGCUCUUCACCUUUGCCACGGCUUUUGGAACCUUCCUGGUUGCCUUGCUCUGCGUUACCAAUGGUGGUAUCUACGUGCUGACCCUGUUGGAUAAGUAUGCAGCUGGGACUUCCAUACUAUUUGGUGUGUUGAUUGAGGCGAUUGGAGUGUCGUGGUUUUAUGGUGUUGACCGCUUCAGCGAAGAUAUCGAGAGAAUGAUGGGCUUUAAGCCUGGUCUCUAUUGGAGGCUGUGCUGGAAAUUUGUCAGCCCAGUUUUUCUGUUGUUUGUUGUUAUAGCCAGUACUUUAACAUCAUCACGCCUGAAGUAUGAUGAGUACGUCUUCCCUUAUUGGGCAAACAUAGUUGGCUGGGGUAUUGCCAUGUCCUCCAUGCUGUUUGUACCUUGCUACGCCAUUUAUAAAUUCAUCAGUGUACCGGGAACAUUUAAAGAGAGGAUAGCCUAUUGCAUCACACCAGAACAUGAACAUCAUUUGGUGGCUGAAGGAAACAUACGGCAAUUCAAACUAAAGCAUUGGCUGGCCAUAUGACAAACACACAGAAUUCCCUCAUCUAUCCUUGCGUCUGGUGUUUGGAGAUCCUGUGUUCCACCAGUGGUCGGACAGAAAGCAAGAAAAACAGACUCCAACUUCACCAUCAUCCUUCCCCCUCUCCCUUUAUCAACUAUGGCCUUUGUUGACAAAAGUAGCUUUAAGCACUUUGAUUUCAAAGUAAAGCCUGUUAACAUUUCAAUGUCAUUCUACAAUUUCAGAUGGUAAAGGAGGGGCAACACUUGGGAUAAAACUGUACUGUUAUUUGCCAUUAGGCAUCAUUAUGGUUUCUUGAAUGUCUGUGAUGUAACCAUUAUCUUCUGCAAAAGACAGAAACUAAACUUAAAACCAAAAACAACCCAAUUUCACUGUGUGCUACUUAACUUUGGACCCAAAUAUUUACAUUUUUUAAACUUCAUUUCGGCCAGGGGUUAUUAGUUAUUAUGUUACUACUGUAUAAAAAUGGCCUGUUCUGUUGACAGAGUAGCUUAUCUGUGUCAGUGCCUUAUCAAGCAAGACACUUCAUGCUUCUCACAGUCCUUACAGGAAGAAACAAAAUAAACUGUGUUGACUCAGGAACCCACUUAAUCCAACCACAGUUUGUGGAUGGCAAUCUCUGGAUUUGACUCUGCCCUUUGAUAUUCAAGUCAAAGAGCUGAAGGUCAACAGUGCAUCCAGGUCAAGCUCGCAACAAGAGGAACAGACCAGUUAUUAUGUUUUUGUGUCACAUCCAGUUACAGAAAAAGGGAAUAGCACAUUUUUUCCUCUAUGAAGCUUUAGAACUGCUUCAUUCACCUCUUAAGCUUUAAAAAGGCCAGGGUCACCACCAGGACUUCAUUUGAAAGAUAGACUCAGGCUUAUCAGUAUGGCCGUCUAACUGAAGAUGAAAAUUUCAGCAAAACAAUUGCGAAACUUAACUGUUACAGAGAGUUUUUGUAUUAUUGUUGCUGGACUUUUUCUUUACAUAUUUUUAUCUUAGGGGUUGAGGGAAUAUGUGGCUUAUUCUAAAAAAAAAAAAAAAACGAAACGAAAGUGUGUUUGUUUGGCUGGGUGUGCGUGUGUUUAUUGGUAUUUUGUUGCCAACUAUGUAGUGAGUUGUUGGUGUAGAGUUCAUGAAGGAGUGACAUGGAGCGACAACUGUCAAAUGUAUGCUUACAAAUUUUGUGAUUUCAUUUGAAACAUAUCUUGUCAUGGUCCACUUUAUAUCACUUUAGAAGUGCCAAUAUGUUCCUUUAGGAAUGUUUUUGAUUAUCUUUUUAUAUUGCUUUUGUUAUUUAUUGGAAUUAAGUUUAUUUUAAACCUUGAAUCAAACAGACCCUUGCUGAAAGGAAUAAAGCCACACAAAAAUACAGAUAUAUGUGGAAUAGUAAAAUAUAUAAAUAUAUUCUUUUGUUACAACUAAUCUUGUAUUUAUCAAAUAGUUUAUAACAAAACGUGAAUGUAAAGUAUUUUAAGCGUAACUGUCCACAGUCAUAGCAUGAUGUUUGAUGUAUAGCUAAGAGAAACUAUUAAGAUUAAAUAUUCCUCAGUGUAACCCAGGCUCCUUCGUCACAUCUAUGUGGAAAAAGACACUCCAGCUUGGACUAUGUUCAUGAAAAUUCUAUGUACAAUACCAACGUCCUGUUGAGCGUGAGUGACCGCUAUCCAUGAAGAAGUCUCAAGUAAUCAAAGUAUGAUAAUAAAGAUUUUCUUCUAUACACACACUUGAA